AUGGAGAAGACAUUCGCACUCCACAACCUCACCUCGUACCUCCGAAUUUACCAUGUCGAGCUCGCGUCUGCUUCCGUCAACGAGCGAUGCUUCAACUGCUGGCGCGACUUCAACACCAAAUACGAAGACACCAAUCCGGACGAGAUCCCUUGCAGCCCGGUGCGCAUCAGUCCAUGUGGCCACGUCAUCGGCGAUGAGUGCUUGAAGACACUUUUCCUCCACGGUAUCCAGGACUGCCAGCUAUGCCGGAAACCGAUCAAAGUCAAAAGCCACGGAGCCCCGGUUCUCCUGAGACUAGCUGCCGAGAAUUCGUGGUACAAAAGCCAGAGCGAAAAGGCGGCGCGACGCGCAGAAGAGCGGCAUCAAGCAGCGAGGAGGCGCAACGAGGCCGCGGUUCCCGAGUACCAGCAACUCUGCAAGCACCUCUUUCUCGGCAGACUCACGAUCGGAAACGCCUUCCGACUCUGGUGCCACCAGAUGCUCGGAUGCCUUCCUCGCCUGCGCGUCCUCGGAAUCGUCCUCGCGCUCGAACUCGCAAGCUACACGCUGGCUUUUCUGCUUCCGCGGCCGUAUCGCUCUUUCGUAUCCCCCUUCUGGGGCUCUGGAGCCGAAGCUUCUUGUUCUCUGCUUGUCGCCAUCUUGGUUUUCGUCUUGGGAUGGGUCGUCUAUUCCAUCGCGGCAUUGGUUUUGGUGGUGUGGAGCUGGAACCCUGCGCAAGUGCAGAUCCCAGUGGGAUUAGAGAACGAGAUUUGGAAUGAUACGUUCGGAAUUGUUGUGGGGCGGCUUCUGACAGGCGUGGGUGGACUGUCUCGGGCAAUAACCACCACGAUUUGGAAUACGGUGGCGUUUGGGGCAGUUACGGCAGCGCUUAUCGCAUUAGGGAUGAGGAGGUCGAAGAGGCGCGCGGUGGUUGAGGCGGGUGCUGCGUGA